GCGCAAGUUUCACAAACUUUCGCAAUCGUUUUGCAUAAAUCACACUUUAUAUAUAUCACAUCACACUUGGAUAUACUAUAUACUUGAUUGGUAUAUAAGGGAAACAUGUUUACAUUGCGUCGUCUCAGUCAGCGCUUGUAUCCAAAGCAAAUUCAGCAUUUGAAAAUGUCACAAAUCGGUGAGCUCGGCAGCGGUGCCGGCAAGGGUGGUGGCGGCGGUGGCAGCAUCCGCGAGGCAGGCGGCUCUUUUGGCAAAAUGGAGGCUGCCCGCGAGGAGGAGUUCUUCCAUAAGCAGCAAAAGGAGCAGCUAAAGAAGCUGAAGACCCAGACGGAAGCCAAGGCACCUGAGACGGACAAGAAAUGAGAAAACUGAUUUGUUUUUAAUUGAAAAUCGUUAUUUAAAAUAUAUACUAUG